UUGGGCCAAGAAAAAAGUAAUUGGUUUCAGGACAUUGUGCUGCAAACCUGCAGGACCAUCGCCCAGAUUUUUCCUAUCGGAUAUGAUUAAAUGCACAGAAAUAGAAUGGACAAAUCAUUGUCUUGAAUGUGGAUACCUUUCUAUUUCUAUGCAUUUAAUCCUGUACGAAAAGGUGAAAUCCAGAUGGAUCAUUUUUGAUAAACUGGGCCCAGGAUUGUGUCCAAGGUGCUCUAAGGCACCAUCUAGUGGUCCAUUUACUGUGUCCCCAAUCAAUCAAUUGUUGGGCAGUGCGUCUGCAGGGGUGGUGUCCAAUUAACCGUCACAUCAGGUCAUUGUUCUGUUUCUGGAAGGUAGGGGGUUGAUGAUUAUGUCUAAGUCCACUUCAAAGCCUUCCAGACUCUUGGAUUUUAUGUUCUGUGCUGGCUUUGUGUUGGGGUUCUGUCUCUGUUUCAUGGCCAUUGCUUACUACAAAGCAUAUCAGAUCUCUCAGGAGACAGUGCCCUUGCCCUCACGGACCAGCAGCCUCUUGGGUGAGCUCCCUUCAGUACACCACUCUGAUGUUGCCACUAAUGCCUCAGUCCUCUCGCCUUUGCCCCCCUCCCCCACCCCCUCUUCGGGUCGACUGCUCUGCUGGGUGUUGACCUCACCCCAGACUCUGUGGACCAGAGCUAAACACAUAGUGAACACCUGGGGGCCUCGCUGUGACACACUGCUCUUCAUGAGCUCGAAGCCGGACCUCCUGUUCCCUGGGACCGUGCUGGCUUUGGCAACAGAGGAGGGAAGGGCCAACCUGUACAAUAAGACCAUGGCCGCUUUCAACUUACUGCAUGACGGUUACCUAGACAAGGGCUGACUGGUUCCUCAAAGCUGAUGAUGACACCUAUGUAAUUGUGGAAAACCUGCGUCUACUCCUGUCUCGGUUCAGCCCAGACAAGCCUGUGUAUCUGGG